AUGAUACCAUGCUUAUUGUUGUGCUUUUUUAACCUCCUGUUUUUAGCCUACCUGUUAGAAGUGUCAUGUUCUUCGUGUAAUAUAACCGUUAACCGAAAAAAUGCCCCGUCCUUUGCUUUCAAUAGCUCGUCCGAGUACAUUAGUGCUUUAGAAGAGUCAAACCCCGAGUAUCCUGAUGGCGUCAUUCCCACUGGGGACAGCAGUUUGCCCGAGGGGAAUGCAGAUGCAGUUGAUGGUGCGGUUAAUGGUGCUGAGGGGGGCGUAAAGGCAGGGAAGGAGGGGCCAACGGAGGAGGGGCCAACGGUGGAGGGGCCAACGGUGGAGGGGCCAACGGUAGAGGGGCCAACGGUGGAGGAAGGGAACGUGGUGAAGAAAUCUGGACAGAAAUUUAGAUUCCAUGCGGAAUCCAAAUUGCAACCCGAAGGAGGACUCGUAGUAGGGAAGAAGAUCGAAAGAAAAAAUCACGAAAAUGUCAAAGAAGACCAUGCGCCCAGCCAAGAAGUUGGCGAAGUGGUUCAGGCAAUCCCCGUGCCGAACCUAAAUGUGCACCAAAUGGUUUCAUCAGAUCAUCUAACGGAUCAAGUAGAUGAUCGAAUGACGCUCGCAGACUAUAUAUACUCCAAAGUAGAUAAUCAGAGCAUGGUAUCAACUAGUGUGCUAAGCGAAGUACCAAGUCGGAGCGUUCAGUCGGAAUACUCUCACGGAAGAAUGGAAAGGGCUAAUCAAAAGGAUUUAGGAGAAUGUGCAUCCAGCCAAGGGGUUAACCAAAAAGAACCCAAAGAGUAUAUAGCCACACCUGUGGGAUCGUGGAGCUUAAGGAAAUAUACAAACAAGUUGCAUCGAAUUGCGAGAUGGAAAAAAAAAGAAGACACAAAGGAGGAUACAAAAGAGGAAUCAAUCGAAGAAUCAAGUGAUGAAACAAAAAGGAGCGCAGGGGGGGAGAUAAAAGAGGAUGCAAAGGAAGAAUUAAACGAAAAGUCAAACGAAAAGUCAAACGAAAAGUCAAACGAAAAGUCAAACGAAGAGUCAAACGAAAAGUCAAACGAAAAGUCAAACGAAAAGUCAAACGAAAAGUCAAACGAAAAGUCAAACGAAAAGUCAAACGAAGAGUCAAACGAAGAAUCAAACGAUGAAUCAUAUGAAGAAUCAAAUGAGAACACAUUGGAGGAGGCACACACUCAUAACUACGGAAACGUAACACAAGAGACCUUGGAGGAAGAAAAAUGGAGCGAAAAAAAAGAAAACAAUAAAAAGGGUUGGCUUAGCAAUUACUGGGAUCGAAGUUCAAAAAAAAGUAAACCAAGCAAACCACCACCUGUUGAGAAAAAAGGGAAAAUGAAAAAAACAAUUUUAAUUCCAUUAAUCAAUAAAAAGACUAAUAUAGGAGAUGAUGAAGACUUGAAGUUAAAUGAACGGAAAUGUUCCGUGAUGGAAAUUAUUAACAGUGAUUUAGAUAUGUGUGAAAGGAAAAAUUUAGAAAAUGAAAUAUCAUUUGAGAAUGAGGGGAUGAUAAAAGGAAUAGACGAAAGUUGCCCAAUGAUCCAACCCAUAGACUACAACAAAACAGAAAAGGAAAUAAAAGAUGAAGAGAAAACUACGGGAAGAGAAAUCUUCGAUUUUCUUACGAGCUCAAACAAUUCUUAUUUGGUAGGAGAAGGUAUAAUUAAUACAGAAGAACACGAACCCAUGGGGAGGGAUGAUUCAGAAUCAGGAAAAUAUUUAAACAUCUUGAGUGGGCAAGUCGUGCGAAAAUGGGAGGCAAUGGGGCCUUGUAUUACGAUACAGAAGAGUGAUGAAAAUCAAGUGCCAAUAGUAGUGGAGAAUAAUAUGGUAUUCAGAGAGGAGAAUCAAGUGAAAAAGAAAGACUCAAAGUUGAAGAGAAAGAGAGGAGGGGCGAAAAAGAAAACGGACGACGCGAAAAGGGAGGGGGAAGAAGUGAAAGGAGAAGAUGACGAUACGAAAAAGAAAACGGGCGACGCGAAAAGGGAGGAGGAAGAAGUGAAAGGAGAAAAUGACUGUACGAAAAAGGAAGAUCCCUGCACAGAAAAUAGCGUCAUAGACAGAGACAACACACAGAACAAACAGGUGGAGAAGGUUCUUAACGAUCCUGGGGACAUGGUACAUUUGGAAGACAAACUGUACGAGGAAGACGAUGAUGAUGAUGAGGAGGAUGGUGAAGAAGUUGAAGAAGAAGAAGAAGAAGAAGACGAAGAAAAUGAAGAAGAUGAGGAUGAUGAAGCGGAGGACAUCGAUGAGGUAAUAAAUCAGUACCUGUACGAAGUAGAGCAAAUUGAACUGUCUUUGGGGCUUGCAGAAAAAGAUGGUGCUACUGAAACCGUCAACGUGACUACCCCCUCGGAAGGCAACAAGUCUGACAACACAGGCACGGAGAGUAUCGUAAAUGCGAACACGAACGUAAAUGGAAAUGAUGAAGAUUUGCAGGAAGAAAAAGAAUUGGGGAAGAGAGACCGAUACUUAUACAAAUCGAAAAAUGUGAAUGUGUACCAAAAUUAUAAAAAGGACUUGAUAUUGUACAGCGAAAUGGUGAAAGAAAAUGAGCUAAAUGAGUUUUACAAAGGAAUAAUAAGAAAUAGAGAUUUAAUAGAUAUAAAUUACAAAAAUGAAUAUGCUUUGAAGAUGAAGUACCAUAAAGGAUACGAUUUUUCGUUACAUAAUUUACAUAUUGUAAAUGAACAAAAGGCAAGUGAACAUUUUUAUUCCAAUUUUGUAGCAACCAGUGAUGAGGAAGACAAUGCAACAUUUCAAGAUGUCAAUUAUUUUGCUGACUUUACAAAAAUAGAUGUAGAUCCCAUUAUGUUUAAAGAGUUUUACAUAAGGACUAGUAUAUGUAAUGGGGAAUACUUAUCUUUGAAAAGUAAUUUGGUGGAAAAGAUAUGUUUCUUAUCACACCAUUUGAAGAAAGAACCCUCUAUUAACAGAAUAAAAAUUAGAAAGAAGAAAUCUAUUUUGUAUCGUCUGUUUUUGAAUAUAGUUAAAAAGUUUAAAAAGUUACCCCUAAAACAGUGCAUUAAAGAUGUGGAAGAAUCAAAUUUACUUGAUGUUCUUUUUCUCCUCAAUGAAGAACUUGUAAAGGAAUCGAAAAAAGAACUGAACAUAGCGAAAUGUCUAAAUAAUAUAAUGGCUCGAAAUCGUGAAUGGUACGAUUUAAUCAACUUUAUAGUUAUGAUUAUAUUUGGUUGUAUAACGUACAUGAAGGAACAUUAUUUCCUAACCGAGCAAGAAAGAAACGAAUUAAUAACUACCGACCAGAUUGUAGAUUUACCCAUAUUUGAAUAUCUGAACUCAAACGUCAUUGACAUUUUUAUCCCCACCAAUAUUCAAACACAAAUUGAAAUCGACCUGCUCAAAGACAUUACAGAUGCACCUGAAGAUAAGAAGAAAUUGUAUCAAACUUGGUAUGUGUGCUAUUUAUUUACCCAUAAAGUAUAUUUAAUAAAUAAAAUGUGGAAUGUGAUAAAAAAAUGGGAAGCAUCAAAAUUUAUUCCCAAUCCAUGGUACAUAGAUCAUGUAGGAAGUGCCUUAGUUCCUGAAAUAAUGAAUUUACAUCACCUGGAGGAAGAUAAGUAUGUGUUUUUCAGGUAUAUUGAUUCUCUUCAAUUUUUUGUAUCGUUCAAAAGAAGCAAAAAAUACCCCUUACCAAAUUAUGACAAGAACAAUUUUCACUUGGUGGAAAAUAUUGUAGCUUUUCAAGGAACAGCUAGCCCAUUUAUGUGGAUGCUGAAUGUGAUAUACGAACUAUCUUCGUACCCUUUUUUGACGAAGGGAAAAGUGCACAAGGCGUAUUUAUUCAUUUUCAAACGAGUAGUGAAGCCAUACUUGCACGUAUUAAAGAAAAAUAUUUUAAAUGAAAUAAAGGAUGAAAAAUCCAAGUAUACCAAAGAGAAUCCAUAUGUCAUUAUAUUCACUGGUCACUCCUUUGGUGCAGCCAUGGCCCAUUUGAGCUCCUUUUAUUUAGCCAAAAUUUUGAAGGCUAAAAAUAAUCCCAAAGUCAAGGUGCUCUCGAUGACUUUCGGCAUGCCCAUGUUUUAUGAUGAUCAGUUUUCCGAAGACUUCCGAAAAAGUGGUGUCAUUAGUAACAACAUCAGUAUUGAUUAUGACCCCGUACCAUUCACUAUGGCAAUUCCUGCACUGAACGAUUUUAAGGACCCAGAUGAAGAAAAAAAAUUGUCCAUUAUUUUGAAGGUUAAUGACUUGAAGACCUUAAAUCAUGAUUUUGGUGAUAAUAUUUUCAACGGAAAUGAACUGUUUCAUCACGAAAGGAAUCAAACUCGUUCUAUGAUACACCUCCUUGUAAAAUAUAUCUUUAACAAUAAUGUUUUUCUUGAGUUAGGAGAGUUACACAUUUCACAGACGCACUACUUUUUUUAUUAUGUGUUUUUAACUCUCCUGUCUGGAUGGGCUAAUGAGGCAGAAUGGGGAACUUUCUUCCUGAUCCCAUUUUUCCUUUUUGACAUUAUUGAUUUCACGCAUAGCGAAAUCAUGAUCAAGUCGAAAGAGGUUUACAAAAAGUAUAGAGAAGAUUUAAUGAAAAAAUUGCAGAGCAGCCAGAAGAAUAGAAGUAUUAGCAUUAAGAAGUAG